GGGCCGCCCCGGCCAGGCCCUCCGCGCGCGGCCCCCACUCCCGGCCCCGCGCCCUCCCCCCGCACGUGGCGCCCAAACUCGGCGCGGGCCCGCUCCGCAAAGUACAGAACUCGUGUCCCAGUGGAAUAGAAGAUGAACUCAGCUGAAUUCGGUGAAGAUGUAGAAGAAGUUCUAAAAAAUAACACUGUGAAGGUGGAGACGGAGGCUGAAGAUGCUGCCCUGGACUGCUCACUGAAUUCCAAGCCUUCAGAGAAGCACCCUCUGGACAGCGUCUUUGCCGCCCUCCAGGACUCCAGCAAACGAAAGCAGCCAGGCAGCGAGGGCCAGCCAGAUUCUGUCCCCAGCGUGAAGAGGAGGCGGCUGAUACCUGAGGCACUCCUCGCAGGCAUGCGGAACCGCGAAAACAGCUCGCCCUGCCAGGGCAAUGGAGAGCAGGCCGGCCGAGGCAGGAAUGUGGGCUCCGUGUGGCCGGGGGAGGAGGAGCCCUGCAACGAUGCCACCACCCCUUCCUACAAGAAGCCUCUCUAUGGCAUUUCGCACAAGAUCAUGGAGAAGAAGAACCCUCCCGUGGGGGACCUGCUCAACACCUAUGAGCUCUUCGAGAAGGCCAACGCCAGCAACAGUCCCUCCCCUCUGCGCCUGCUGAACGACCCUCAGAAACGGGACUGUGGCGGGGCAUCAGGAACAGCCACUGACGGCGACCCCAACAUCUACUUUCUGAUCCAGAAGAUGUUCUACAUGCUCAACACUCUCACUUCCAACAUGUCCCAGCUGCACAGCAAGAUGGACUUGCUCUCCCUGGAAGUGAGCCGCAUCAAGAAGCAGGUGAGCCCCUCCGAGCUGGUGGCCAAAUUCCAGCCACCCCCCGAGUACCAGCUCACCGCUGCUGAGCUCAAGCAGAUUGUGGACCAGAGCCUAUCAGGCGGGGACCUAGCCUGCCGUCUGCUGGUACAGCUCUUCCCCGAGCUCUUCAGCGACGUGGACUUCUCCCGCGGCUGCAGCGCUUGCGGCUUUGCAGCCAAGCGGAAGCUGGAGUCGCUGCACCUGCAGCUCAUCCGCAACUACGUGGAAGUCUACUACCCCUCAGUGAAAGACACUGCUGUGUGGCAGGCUGAGUGCUUGCCGCAGCUGAACGACUUCUUCAGCCGCUUCUGGGCCCAGCGGGAAAUGGAGGACAGCCAGCCAGGAGGCCAGGUCACCAGCUUCUUUGAAACUGAGCAGGUGGACGCCGGCCACUUCCUGGACAGCAAGGACCAGGAGGAGGCCCUGUCUCUGGACCGCAGCAGCACCAUCGCCUCAGAUCACGUGGUGGACACGCAGGACCUCACCGAGUUUCUGGAUGAAGCCUCUUCGCCGGGUGAGUUCGCCGUCUUCCUCCUCCACCGGGUCUUCCCCGAGCUCUUCGACCACCGGAAGCUGGGCGAGCAGUACAGCUGCUAUGGCGACGGUGGCAAGCAGGAGCUGGACCCGCAGAGGCUGCAGAUCAUCCGCAACUACACGGAGAUCUACUUUCCCGACAUGCAGGAAGAGGAGGCCUGGCUGCAGCAGUGCGCGCAGCGCAUCAACGACGAGUUGGAGGGCCUGGGGCUGGAGGGCGGCAGCGAGGGCGAGACGCCGCGGGAUGACUGCUACGACUCCUCCAGCCUGCCCGAUGACCUCUCCGUGGUCAAGGUGGAGGACAGCUUCGAGGGUGAGAGGCCGGGCAGGCGCUCCAAGAAGAUCUGGCUAGUGCCCAUUGACUUUGACAAGCUGGAGAUUCCGCAGCCGGACUUCGAGGUGCCAGGCGCCGACUGUCUGCUCAGCAAGGAGCAGCUGCGCAGCAUCUACGAGAGCAGCCUGUCCAUUGGCAACUUCGCCUCCCGCCUGCUGGUGCACCUCUUCCCGGAGCUCUUCACCCACGAGAACCUACGCAAGCAGUACAACUGCAGCGGCUCCCUGGGCAAGAAGCAGCUGGACCCCGCCCGCAUCAAGCUGAUCCGCCACUACGUGCAGCUGCUUUACCCCCGGGCCAAAAAUGACCGCGUCUGGACUCUGGAGUUCGUGGGCAAGCUGGACGAGCGCUGCAGGCGCCGGGACACGGAGCAGAGGCGCUCCUACCAGCAGCAGCGCAAGGUCCACGUGCCAGGCCCUGAGUGCAGAGACCUGGCAAGCUAUGCAAUCAACCCCGAGAGGUUCCGAGAGGAGUUUGAGGGGCCCCCUUUGCCCCCCGAAAGGAGCAGCAAGGACUUCUGCAAGAUCCCCCUGGACGAGCUGGUGGUCCCCUCACCCGACUUCCCGGUGCCUUCUCCCUACCUGCUGUCGGACAAGGAGGUGCGCGAGAUCGUGCAGCAGAGCCUCUCCGUGGGCAACUUUGCCGCCCGGCUCCUCGUCAGGCUCUUCCCCGAACUCUUCACCGCCGAGAACCUGCGGCUGCAGUACAACCAUUCGGGGGCUUGCAACAAGAAGCAGCUGGACCCCACGCGACUGCGGCUCAUCCGCCAUUAUGUGGAGGCCGUGUACCCCGUGGAGAAGAUGGAGGAGGUGUGGCAUUAUGAAUGUAUCCCCAGCAUCGACGAGCGGUGUCGCCGUCCCAACAGGAAAAAAUGCGACAUCCUCAAGAAAGCCAAGAAAGUGGAGAAGUGACGGGUCUGUGGGCUGCCCAGAGACUUGGGUUAUGAAAGGCUGAGCGAUGGGCACCCUUGGGACGGAGUCACUUUGGAACAUGUGUAUGGUAUCCACAGACAGGCACCUUAUGUCAGUGGGGAGUGGCUUCCUACAUUUGCACACGUAAACACCUACUCACCCACCCAUGAGAAAGCAGCCUUGAAUUUGGUCUCUUGACUUUGUCCUGUAUUCCCUGGUGGCACAGCCCGAGUUUGGGAGGAGCCAGGCUGUGAGCAGAGGGACUAGCCGAGUAGGUCCUCUCUUCUUGAUUGUGCCCUUUCCUGUCCCUCACAAUCCAAAAUGCAAAUUCAGCAGCUUCUGUUCCUCUCCCCACACUUUUCAUCUUCCAUUUUUAACUUUUUCUUCUUUUUUUAAUUAAAAUGAACCCCUUUUAAAAAAAAUCAUUGGGCUCUUUGGGGGCCAUUUUACUUAGAAAAUCUUUUUAAGUAUUUGAGAUGAAGUACUGUAAGAUAAUUUCAGUUGCUGGGAUUUUAAAAGAUGAUUCAGAGAUUUAUGAAUUUUUUAGAAGUGCCAUGUUUGUGCAUGAUGGGUAAUCAUAGCUUCAGGUGGCAUAGAGACUGAUUUUACUGACCUCGUCUACCGACAUCUGAUUUUGGAGGAGUCUCGAUGCCCCUUGGAUGGCGGUAGAGGUGAUGAUAGGGAUAGCAUGAAGUCCUUUCUGACGAUGUGUAAGUUUUUCCUUCUGCUGUGGUCCCCGGGAAGGAGAUGUGCUGCGCGUCAGUAGAAUGCUGUGCUCACUCUGUAGAUGAGAACACUGGAUGAUGAUAUGAAUGUAGAUAGACCUGGAAACACACAUUCACACAAUGUCUCCAUUUGAGCUGUGUCCUUCCAUGGCCCCCUAUUCCCUCUCCACACAUGGGUGCUAAUUGGAGGGGCAGAUUCAUUUUCUUGGAAAAUAAUGUGUGUGAGCAUUUGGCUUCUUGUUUGAUUGAAGGGUGGGCUUCUUUGAGUUCACCAAGAACUGUU